UUUCAGCUCAGCUCAGCUCAGCCUGCCCCAGCCUGAGCUUGCGUGCCCCUCCAUAUCCCCUCGAUAUUUUUCUAUCUUCAAAUCCAAAGCAACCUCUCGCCGUAAUCGGCAUACCCCGUAUUCGGCCAAGCAAUUCUGAAAUCAACAUGGCGACCGCUGAGAAGCGCGAGCCGCUCGGCAAGCUCGACAAGCAGCUCGAUGAACAGCUUGACAAGCUUCCCUUCGACAAGGAGAGGUUGAAGCAGGAAUUUGACUUGUCCCACUUCGAUUUGAACCAAAUCCUGCGCGGCAUCCAGUUGACGCUGGUAGGAGCUCACCGGGCGCUACAGAAUCCUGCUUUGUUCACCUCGGACCAUUACCGACAGGCCGGCAUCGCCGUCUUGAGCGGCCUCGCCAUCCGUCUUGUCAUUUCUAUUCCCAUCAUUGGCGUAAGGGUUCUUCUUUGGACUCUCUCGCUGUUCGUGAGCCUGGACCAUGUCACCUGGGACGAUCAGAUCGUUGGGGGUCUCAACUUCAUUGAGGAAUACGUGCUGCAGGUCCCUUUCUUCCUGAUGGCCCUGAUGCGCUACGUCACGCCAACUCUCGACAACAUGUUCAUGGACUCUCUGAACUGGGUCGACAAGACAUAUGUCCACAAGCACAAGAACGAGGACCCCGAUAAGCUACGAGACAUGUACUAUCCCAACCUGAGAACGUACAAGGUCAGCGACGGCAGCACUCACACGACGAGCACCGCCGAGGCCAUCAGCAUGUUUUUGUACCGCUUUGCUAGGAAAGGCGCCAUCUCCCUCGCUGUUUUCGCUCUGUCCUAUCUUCCCUUCGUGGGCCGAUUCGUGUUGCCUGCAGCCAGUUUCUACACAUUCAACAAGGCGGUUGGUCUGGGGCCAGCUUCUCUCAUCUUUGGAACGGGCAUUUUCUUGCCCAAGCGUUACAUUGUCAUCUUCCUGCAGAGCUACUUUGCCUCGAGAAGUCUGAUGAGGGAGCUACUGGAGCCUUACUUCUCCCGCGUCCAUUUCACCAAGGAGCAGAAGAAGAACUGGUUCCGCAACCGUGAGGGUAUCUUGUUUGGCUUUGCCAUUGGCUUUUACACCCUGAUCAAGAUCCCCCUUGUCGGGGUCCUGAUCUACGGUAUUGCCGAGGCAUCGACAGCGUACCUGAUUACCAAGAUCACGGAUCCCCCCCCGCCUGCCACUGAGAGGGUUGCUUUUGCCGAAAGCCAACAAGAGUGGACCAACAAGCACGAGUUCCUCAACCUGUCGCUGAGCGAGAUGGAUGCUAUUCAUCUCAAAUCUCGCCCCCCGAAUUCAACAGAGGACGCUCAAAAACACGAGUAAGAACUUUGACAGACGUCGGGCAUGCCCAUGGAUAGAGACCCCUCGCCUGUACGUGCUGCGCCACUAAUAGUGUCGCCUAAUGACAAGAGGCCUACCUUCGUCCGAGACUGGGAUUACACGGGUGUAUGCGUGGCAUCAAUAGAUCAGAUUAGCAAACCCUCGGCUACGCGGGUGAACGAAAGGCAGAAGGUUCUCCAGGAUCAUGCACAUUGACCAUAUCUCAUGCUGCCCAUUUGCCCCUCAUCUCUCUGACUCUUGUCGCUCAUACUGGGUUUUAUGGUCUGUCAUGUCGACUCUGCUCUCUGAUCCAAUUACAGGAACAACACGAGAACGGCAACGACAGGGGAUAGCGGACAUGAAGGUCGGGCGACAAAGCGUCCGCCUAUUUGCCUUUCAUUCCGCGCCGAAGACAACAACUUAGAUGCCGAGAUAACCAGCCACGGGCCUCUAUAUCAAUUACGUUUUAUGAUAGGAGGUCAUGCGGCAUGAGAUCACCGUGCCUUCUUAUCGAUUGGGUUGGAGUCGGCCGGCGGCGGAGCCAAUGCGGGGAUUGUCAAGAACACGCCUCUUACGGCAUU